GCGGGCGCGGGGGGCGGAGCUCGGCGCAGACGGGGAAGGGGUCGCUGGGGCUCCAGCUCCUCAGGUUAGGGGUUCCCUCCGGCGCUGCUAGGCAGGCGUCGAGUCCCCAGAGCCGGUGGCYGUGAUCUCCCGGGGGCACGCUCAGCGGCGGCUAAAGACGACAUGAGUGCUGCGGGGCUGUUGGCUCCGGCUCCGGCCCCGGCUGGAGCGCCGCCGGCCCCGGAGUACUACCCGGAGGAGGACGAGGAGCUGGAGAGCGCCGAGGACGACGAGCGCAGCUGUCGGGGCCGCGAGUCUGACGAAGAUACUGAGGAUGCUAGUGAAACUGACCUGGCAAAGCACGACGAAGAAGACUAUGUAGAAAUGAAGGAACAGAUGUAUCAGGACAAACUGGCUUCUCUCAAGAGGCAGCUGCAACAGCUGCAGGAAGGAACGUUGCAGGAGUAUCAGAAGAGAAUGAGAAAGCUGGAUCAGCAGUACAAAGAGAGGAUCCGAAACGCAGAACUCUUCCUCCAGCUGGAAACCGAGCAAGUGGAAAGAAAUUACAUUAAGGAAAAGAAGGCAGCAGUGAAAGAAUUUGAAGACAAGAAGGUUGAGCUGAAAGAGAACCUAAUUGCUGAACUAGAAGAAAAGAAGAAAAUGAUUGAAAAUGAAAAGCUAACAAUGGAACUGACUGGAGAUUCUAUGGAAGUGAAACCUAUCAUGACCAGAAAGUUGCGGAGGCGACCAAAUGAUCCUGUCCCCAUCCCAGACAAGAGGAGAAAACCUGCUCCUGCUCAGCUAAACUAUUUGUUAACAGACGAACAGAUCAUGGAGGAUCUGAGAACAUUAAAUAAGCUUAAGUCACCCAAGAGACCAGCAUCCCCAUCCUCUCCUGAACACUUGCCUGCGACCCCUGCGGAGUCUCCAGCCCAGAGAUUUGAGGCUCGGAUAGAAGAUGGUAAACUGUAUUAUGAUAAGAGAUGGUACCACAAGAGCCAGGCCAUCUAUCUGGAGUCAAAGGACAACCAGAAACUGAGCUGCGUGAUCAGUUCGGUCGGAGCCAAUGAGAUCUGGGUGAGGAAGACCAGUGACAGCACCAAGAUGAGGAUCUACUUGGGCCAGCUGCAGCGCGGGCUCUUCGUGAUUCGCCGGCGGUCAGCGGCUUGACCUCCCGCAGAGCUCUCUGCCCUUGACCCUUUUUCUGCAGUGGCUUUUAUUUUUGUUUUGUUUACUUCUUAAUAGAAAAGUUUUAACUUACUGGGAAUAACUACUUGGCCUUGGAAAUGAAGAACACUGUGUGGAUUCUGUGGGGCACUUCUGUGGCUGGUCACAUCCACCUAUGUGUCAUUCUUCCCUGCCUCAGCUUCUUCCCAGUCAGCAGUCACCAGGGAACGCUCAUUUUCAGGAGUAUUUAGGGUGUUUGAUUUAGUUUCUUUUUAUUUCUUUAUUUUUUUGCUUAUCCUUUGUCUUUUUUUUUUUUUUUGACCUCCUCUGAGGUUGAAGAAACAGCUCUUCCUGUAGUUAUCUUUAGGUCUUUCUGCCAUGAAGAAGAGUGGGAAGGAAUUCACUCUGUGCUGCAUUCUCAUGUUUGAUUCUGGUUAGUGGAUCACAGAGCUACUGACCUGGCCGAGCCCCAUCCGCUGUUUCCCCAGAAGCGAGGGAGAUGAAUUCUCCUGGCUCUCGGCCUUCUUGGAGAGAGAAAUGCCUGUGUGACAUCUGGCAUAUGCCAUCCAUUCCCCUGGCUGAACUAUGGAACAUUUGCCAGGGAGACUGCGUUGAAGUAAAUGGGGCUGGGGGAAGGGACAUUUCAUGUCAUAAUGUGCUGAAGUUACCAUAUUUUAAACGUUAUUUAAUGCAGGCGAUUUAUCCACACACAUUUGUUCCAACUCGGGCUGGAAUGAGAAAUGGUAAUUUCGGAAGUUUUUAUUCAUAAUUUCUUUCUCCCCCCACUUCCUGAGUAGAUUGAGGGAGCACAUGGCGUAGGCAGCUGAUCUGGGUCGUCCCUGGGGUGGGGCAUGGAGAUGACAGUGCAGCGCUGAUGAUCUGUAGACUCACGUGACUCAAGCGUCACUCGUGUUGCUGUUGCCACUACUGCAGAUUGACCGUUCCACACCUGUGGAACCUUGUCAGGCCCUGGGCACUCACAGCCUCUUGGGAGACCUGGUCUGCUUUAGAGACAGGAGGGCUGCUGUGGCCGCGGCCAGACCCCUGCGCUUGUCCUGAUGCGCCCCAGGAAACCCUUCCCUGCGCUCCCUGCUCCUUCCCCUUGUUCCCUUGUUUGGAGAAAGGCUUCCGUGGGUGGCGGGGUUGUCUGGUCUAGCCAUCUUGAGAUGUUUUGAACAUGGGAUUGGAGCCACGGUCAGCGUCCCUGGGCAGUGACUAGACCUUACCCAUCUUAGGAAAUCUUUGUGGGUAUUCCCCUUGGCCUCGGUCCCCGGGGUCCUCUCCAUAUUGUCUCUUGAUGUACAAACCCACAGCAAGUUGGAGCUAUGAUGACAUCAGUCACCUUCUGGGUUCUAGCUGCCACAAGGAACAAACCCUCCUGACUCCGAGUAAAGACUUGUACAGAGACCGUUUUGUCUUUAUAUCCACUUUUAUCAUUUUUUCUGGUGUUGGGGUCUAUUUUGAAAAGUUGUCUGGAUGUUCUGUUUCUUCCCUGCCCUCCAGCCCCCCAGUGUUACGACAUUCACUGCAGUGACCCCAGCCCAGGGCACGUGGGCCUCACCUGUCCUCGUGGGCCUUUGGUUUGAAGGAGGAUUGCUUGGCUCACUGCUGGUGUGUGACAUCUCCAUCACGCAGCUGUGCUUUAUCUUCAGGUGCCCUGUGAUGGAAACUAACUCAGAUACAUUUAGUAUGUUUGGCCAUUGAGCUUUUCUGUAGCUGAUACCUCCCUUGUCCUUAGGAGCAGUGUACCAAAGUGUGUGUCUAACGGAGAGGGCGUGUCCGUGGCCACUGGGGCUCUGCACCGAGGCGUCCAGCUGCCUUUUGUCCUUGCCUUGACUGGGGUGCUUUUGUGAAGUAACCAUUUAUUUGAAGACCAGGGUGUGGUGCUUUUGCCUUCUCUCUCCUGUUCACUUUUGGGGUGUCUGAGACCCACAGAGACAGGCCUGGUCUCGGCCCGGCCACUGCCUUCUACACGUCCUGAGCCCUUAAUCACGAUCUGGUGAGAACGGGCAGAGGCGAGGGAGACUUGAUGCAGCACAGGAAAUCAUAUUCCUAAUCCCAGAUUUAAUUUUUAUUUAGUCA